ACUUCCCUCACUCCCCUCUCGACCAACACCUCCCCAACUUUACUUCCCCUCCAACUCAAUUCUCAGCUUACUCCUCCUCUUCACUUCACUGCUCUCCUACCAAUCGUUCUCUAAUCCUGCAGAUGACGGACUACUCCAACUUUCCGGCGCAGGGCUUCCCCUUCCUCUGCGGCACCACCGACAACAAGCUGUGCCUCGAAAACGCCCAGGGCUCGCCCCUUUCCGACACCGGCGAGCUGCCACCCAAACGCAGAGCUGGCCGCAAGAAGUUCCGCGAGACCAGGCACCCCGUCUACCGUGGCGUUCGACGCCGUAACGGUGGGAAAUGGGUGUGCGAGGUGCGUGAGCCCAACAAGAAGACGAGGAUAUGGCUCGGGACGUACCCGACGCCGGAGAUGGCGGCGAGGGCACACGACGUUGCGGCCCUCGCGCUCAGGGGGCGGUCUGCUUGCCUCAACUUCAAGGACUCCGCCUGGCUGCUCCCUUCUCCCCCCUCCUCCAGUGCGAAGGACAUUAGGCGGACGGCGAUGGAGGCAGCCGAGAGGUUCCGGCCCAAGGAGAUGGAAGGCGUGGAGGGAGAGCAGGCGGAAGGGGCCGGUGGAGCCAAUCCGGCGGCGGCGUCUGCGGGGGCGGCGACGGGCGGCGGCCGGGACAGCGUCUUCUUCAUGGACGACGAAGCGGUGUUCGGGAUGCCGAGCCUGCUGGACAGCAUGGCGGAAGGGAUGCUUCUCUCGCCUCCCUCGUGUGGGUCCCCCUUCGAUGACAUGGAAGACGACGACGCAGACGUCCAGCUCUGGAGCUACUCCAUCUGACCGAGUCGCUCCGAUCAAAGGCCAAAAGGACGUCCCGGGUCGGCAUUUUAUCGCCCUCGCCCGCCCUCGACUCUUCUUGUCUAAGAAGUAUUCGGAGUUUGUGUGAUGAGAGAAAGCUCGGUAGGUUUUUUUUUUUUUUUUUUAAUUUUCCUUCUGAAUUUUGGUUCGUUUUUUGUGUUCUUUGGCCAAGAACCGUUGGGCAGAGUACUGAACUCUUGACCUUCUUCAAGUCGAAGGUCUUAAGUCCAAGACUCUAGCAAGCGGGACGGUGUGUUCUUCUUGGGCAAAAUCAGUGAAAGUGUACUUAUUAAGCCUGUAAAUUUGCAAGGUGCAACUAUUAUUGUACAUAUACCAAAAUAACAGUUGCUUUACAUUGAAA